AUGGGAUAUACAGAUGUGCUAACCACAGUCACAAAAUUUAAGAAGUCUUGUUUACCUUCUCAAUGGAAUGGUUUGUUAACUCUUCUCAUCAAGAGUUUGGCAGAAAGGAGUGGUGGAUCAGAUGGCUCUAGCAAGGGUUUUCUUACCCUUUUAUACAGUCUCUACAAUGGCAUCAACCUUGAUUAUGGGACAAUUAUUUGGUCUCAAGUGGUGCAGAGUCUCAAUACAUCUACGAGGCAUUCAGAGAUAUCAUGUGGGUGCUUCUGGAUGCUUAUUACAAGAAGGGCGAUUAACACUUUGGACAUUCCUGUGAUGAAGGAUGCCCUAGUCGCGUCCAUUGCUACGUUUCACACUAAGAAGAUCAUCAUCUCUGAUCCAACAAAGUUCCAUCACAAGGGCUCCAUUCCUAAAUCCAUGUAUCGCUGUGUCUCAGCUGAAAGUCAUGUCAUGGCGGAAUACAGAACACUUCCUCCUAAGGGACCGAGAGUCCUUACUCCAGAACAGCAGGCUGCCCUGGAAGCUGUAGACAAGCCUGGCAACCAAGGGAAAUGCACUACCACAAAGAAGGACUCCACAGAAGAGGAUAAGACUAAAGCUUCUAAGACUCAAAAACGAAAGUCUCAUAAAGGAUAUUCUUCCAAGCCCAAGAAGCUUAAGAAAAUGGCAAGAAGAUCCAAGAGUCCCACUCCUCCUGGCUCAGAAAAUGACAAGGAAUAUGAAGAAGAGGAGGGUCAUCAUGAAUCACCAAGAGGCAAUACACCUCCCAGAUCCCCAACUCCAACCGAACCCAUUCAUGAAAAAAUUCCUACCCCACCUCCAUCACCGAAACAAACAAUUACAGUUUCGGUGCCUAUCGAUCCUCCACCCACUACUUCACAACCAACGACUUCUUUAACACCAGCUCCACCAGUUACUACUAUUCUCAUUUCUACAUCUCCAUUACCACCUCUUAUAAUUUCACAAUCAACCACCACUACUGUUCCUGACCCAACAGUGGAAGUCAACGUAUCUGAUAUGGGGGCAACUACUACAACCGAAACUUCAGUCAUCACUAAACCUCUUUCACCUACCAACUCAACUGAUUCCGAUGCCACUCUCGGUGGAGAGAAUGAUGAGUAUGACUCUACAUACUUCAAUCCAUAUCAGCUUCCAUCUGAUGAAGACAAUGAUGCUCCUUUCAACAGCUAA